AUGCCACAAGAGGCUCCUGCGGAUACUGCAGGCCCGUCUUCUCCGCCGCCUCAACUGCCCGACGGAUGGCUUCCUCAAUGGGAGGGCGUCCAACGUAAAUGGUACUUUGUGCAGAGAGCGACCGGCAAGUCGCAAUGGGAAAUCCCAACCGAACCUGUCGUUCUCACUCCUUCAACAACACCCACUCCCCAAGUGACAGGGACAAGGACCACAUUGGCGGAACGGAUUGAGCCUUUCUUGGGCAGUGCUAGAGUUCCCAGCUCCCUAAUCGCCCAGCCGAAUGGACAACUCGCACACCCUACAUACGGAUCUUCGGUGACACCCGACUGGUAUCCGAAUCAAAACAGCCAACGACUGCCCCAUGAAUUCAAUCAGCAAUUUGUGUACAACAACAGUCAAUAUGGAUCGCAGCCACACCAAAAAUAUGGCGCCAGCCCAUCGACGUUCUAUCCAGGCCACGACCACACACAACCGACUGGUGGAUACCAGUCUUUGGAUGGGGGUGCAGUGUCCAUACCCUGGGGUGGCAAUGCAGGCACUUCUCAGACACACGCUGGAGGAUACACACAGCAACAUCCUCCAGGUUCACAUUCAGGCUUCGCCUUGAGCUCUCAGCAUUCACAGCCACCGGUUAAUAACAUAGAGGCAGCCAUGGCGCAGAGUCAUCUUUCGGGUAUAAACUCUGUCCCCCCGCCCGAGCCUCAAUGGCAUCCUAUUCAACAGCCCUUGGUGUCGAAUGUCCCGACUGAAUCGGUGUCGACGGGUUUCAGUUCUACUACUUCACAGCCAAUAUACCGAAGCUACCCAACUCCACACACGGUUGGAGCCUCUCCCAGGGAAUUAGCUUCGCGAUCAUCACAGUCCUCGAACCCGUCGCACUCUGGGAGCGACUUUACCUACAGCCGAGAAAAUAGCCAAUCGAUGCACGGAUCGCAACCGAUGCACUUGCCCCGCGAGAUUGAAAGUAUUCCAACUGAGGCUGCACAAGCAAUGUCCCGAGCCCAUUCACAGCAAGCUAGUGUAUUGCAGCCGCAGUUAUCUCAUACUCCAGGAUCCAUCACGCAAUCUCCUCAUGCCUAUCAGCCACAGCCACCGCCACCAACUUCACAUGGUCAAUAUCAAGCCACCAGCAUGUCACCAACACAGCCAGGGCCGGGCUUCAAUUCCACUGGUUAUUCCGCACCCGAGUUUCAAAGUGGAGUCCCGAACUACCAGAAUCCUCUUGUGCAAGCAGGCAUGCAUCAGUAUCUACCCUCUCCGCAACAAACUCAUUUCAAGCAACAAGCAGCCAGUCCUCUGGUGGGGCCGACGCAGCCCUUGCAAAGUGAAGGGCCUCCAGGAUAUCAAAACCAAUGGGAUACACCAGCUUCUAUCGGCGUGCGCUCAGCGGCAUCUGAUCCCCAGUUCGUAAGUGGUCCCUGGGCAUCGACGCCACCUACUUCUGGGCCGCCGCAACCACCUCGUUACGAAUAA